UUCAUGUUGUUGAGGAUGUUUCCCUAAGUAUAGUAAAUUACCAACCAUCCUUUCACAACUACGUUAAUUUAUUCUGCUUUGUUUGUCAGCAAACACCACUAUUCUUGAUCUAUAUGUUUUUAUAACCAAAAAGAUUCUUUCUUUCAAUCUUGCCCCAAACACAAACACUUUGCCAACCUCAGACUGUACGUGUCUGUGACAGUUAUUUGCAUGUAUGCAUGUGCAAAAAUGCUAAAGUAGAAGUAUCUCCUGUCCCCACAACUUCACAUGGCUCCCAUCACACAAUCUUUAUAUAUAUUCUCUUCUUUCUGGUAACCCUAUUUCAUAGCUAUAAUAAAAGGUAGUAUUAGAUAAGAAUAUUGUGCAUGGUAUGUUGUUAUUAUUUGCUAUUAUUAGCUAAGAAUAUUGUUAACUACAACACGCUCUAAUCAGCUGAGCUAUUAGUUAUUUGCUACUCUUUGAGUAAUGGAAGCUUCAACUCAAUUUGCUGUCACUCUUCUCUUUGUGUUUCUGUUUUAUUCAAUAAGAGGUUUAGAUUCAGCCACAUUUACUAUUGUAAACAAGUGUAGCUACCCCGUUUGGCCCGGGAUUUUGUCCGGUGCUGGAACAGCACAGUUAACAACUACUGGUUUCGCUCUAGAAUCCGGUGAAACCAAUGUUAUAGCUGUGCCGACGGCUUGGUCAGGCCGCAUAUGGGGACGAACACUAUGCUCAACAGACUCCACCGGGAUAUUCUCAUGCGCUACCGGAGACUGCGGUUCCUCCAAAGUAGAAUGCACUGGCAGUGGCGCAGUUCCACCUGCUACACUUGCGGAGUUCACGUUAAACGGUGCAGGAGGGAUGGAUUUCUACGACGUCAGUCUUGUAGACGGUUACAAUCUUCCCAUGACUAUCGAACCGCGUGGCGGCGGCGGUAACUGCACGACGACUGGUUGUACUGUGGACUUGAACGAAGCGUGUCCGACAGAGCUGAAACUGAAAGUGAAAAUUGCAGUUGAAGGAGAAGAGAGCGGUGAGAAGAGCGUGGCGUGCAAAAGCGCGUGUGAGGCUUUCGGGGAUCCGUUGUAUUGUUGCAGUGGCGCUUAUGCAACACCGCAGACAUGUAGACCAAGUGCGUACGCGCAGUAUUUCAAGAACGCUUGCCCACGCGCUUAUAGCUAUGCUUAUGAUGAUGGAACUAGCACCUUCACUUGUUCUUCUGCGGAUUAUGUCAUUACUUUCUGUUCUGCACCUUCCAAAAGUAAGUUGAUAAAGUCAGGAGGGAGUGGAAAAUUUCCAUUUGGAGUGGACAUAUGGGCAGGAAGGGGCAAUGGGCAGGGUGAUGAAUCAACCACCAAGAUGAUGAUCAUGGCAUUAGUAAUUGGCGCAGUUUUAACGAUGAUUUUGUGACCAACAACAAAGUGUUUCGUAUAUAUUCACAACAACUUACUGUAAAGGAAAGAAAAAAAGUGCGGGUGUCUCAGGGAUUUUGAUUUAUUUUGAAAUCAGAUAGUAUUAUUUGUAGCAAUGUGGUUCAUAAAUAACGUAAAAAUUUAUUGA